CCUCGCCCUGGCUUGUUGCUCUUGUGGGGACCCCGUCCCGCUCUGACCCUGCCGUCCUGGGCGUCCUUGUCGGCUCCGGCCUGCAGGAGGCAGCGGGCGGCCCGGGCGUUGUUGACGGCGGCGGCCCAGUGCAGCGCGGUUUUUCCUGGGGGACGACGUGGGGGACUGUCAGCCCGAGCCCGGGGACCAGACGCCUGCGUGUCUGUUUCCCACGGACUCCGGUUUUGGGCCUCGGGGCGGCCUCAAAGGCGGAAGCGUUGCCCGGGUGACCGGGUGACCGCCGGCCGGCAGGAAGCCUAGUGACGUCCCCCGCGCGCGGGAGGGACAAUGGGACAUUGUUCUGGGCUGGGCAGGACCGGAGACCUCCCCGCCAGACCCCUCCCCCCACGGACGCUCCUUCCUCUGCCUGAGGCGAGGAGGGAGGGGAAGGGGCCCCUACCACCCAAAAGCUAGGGGAGGCCGGCGUCUGCGGGGACCUGGCUGCGUUCGAGGCCUUCGAAUGAACCCCGGGGGCAGCCAGAGGGCCCCGUGCUCUCUGCGCCGCCUCCGGAUGAGUUGAAGGACGAGAAGAGCCCCAAGGGCCAGGAGAAUCACCCCGGCCACUGAAAAGUUGACUGAUUCCUGGAAAGACUGAGUGACUUGCACAAGUCUGGUCGGUGGCAGAGCUGGGAUGCAGCACAAGUCUGUGACUUCCUAACCAGUACCCUGAAGCCUUCUGGUGACCAGAACCACCAAAGAGAAGCCCAAACCCAGUCUGGAGAGAAGCUAGGGACAUUCUCCUGAGGAAGGCACCUCUUGGGCACCAUCCAAUGGAAGAGUUCUGAGGAAAUGGAGGAUCGCUGCAGGCACUCUUUGCUCUCCCAUCUCCCCUCCCUGCUUCUCCUCUUCCAGUUGCCCUUUGCGGGGUCUGCAGAGGAGUUCGUGGUGAUUGGCCCCUCAGACCCCAUUGUGGCCAUGCUGGGUGGGGAUGUCAUGCUGCCGUGUCAUUUGUCCCCGGCCAUGGAUAUGGAGAACAUGGAGCUACGGUGGUUCCGCUCUAAGUUCUCAGAAGCAGCGUUCAUCUAUCAAAACCAGCAGGAGCAGAGAGAGGAGCAAUUGGCCCAGUACGCAGGGCGGACCUCACUGGUAAAAGACUUCCUCACUCAGGGGGAGGCUGCCAUGCGUAUCCACAAGGUCCAGGCUUUUGACAAUGGACUAUAUACCUGCUUAUUCAGGAAAGGAAACUUCUAUGAAGAGGCCAAUUUGGAGCUGAUGGUGGCAGGUGUGGGUUCUGCUCCUCAAGUGCGCAUCCAAGGGCCAGAGGAGGAUGGAAUCCGAGUGAUGUGCAUGGCCUCAGGGUGGUUCCCAAAACCCCAGGUGCAGUGGCGAGCCCUCAGUGGGGAGAAGUUCCUGAUGUUCUCUGAGACAUAUGCCCAAGAUGCUGAAGGACUGUACAGUGUGGAGGCUGCUCUGGUGGUGAGGGACAGCUCCUCAGGGAAUGUGACCUGCUCGGUCCUCAACCCCAUCCUGGGCCAGGAGAAGGUGAUGGCCAUUUUCAUUCCAGAGCCCUUCUUCCCCCAGACUUCUCCCUGGAAGCCAGCUUUCAUGGUGACCCUGACCGUGCUGACACUCCUAAUCUUUGGGGCUGCCUACUACACUAAGAGAGAACAUACUGCAAAGCAGCAGGAGAGGCAGGAAUGGGAGAAACUGCACAGGGACAAGGAGGAGGACCAGCAGACAAAGGAGAAGGUGCUGAAGGACAGAGGAGAACUCCAAGCAGAUCUCGACUGGAGGAAAUCUGUUUACCUGUCUGCCUGGAGAAAAGCACAGCUGUAUGCAGAUUGGCGGAAGAAGAUGUUCCAGGCCUUGUCUGUCACUCUGGAUCCAGAGUCUGCACAUCCCAACCUUGCUGUUUCUGAUGAAAAGACUAGUGUGACCUGGAAGGACACAUCUUCAUCCUCUGGGACUCUGUUUCCAUACUUCAGGUUGAGUUCAGAAGAUGUGUUCCUGACCAUCUGCUCCAUAGUGAGUGGGCCUGCAGAGACUCCUGUGCCCCUUAACAAUCCCCCUUCUUCUUUGGAGGAACCUAUGAGCCUCUCAGAGGAGGGGUUCAGCUCAGGGUCUGGUGUUGAUGGUGCUCUCCCAGGGGCUGAAUCUCCAUUACUCUCCUGUAGCCCUGAGGCUAUGUUUCCAUAGAGCCCCAACACUGUCUCAGACUCCUCAUGGUGGUUCUUCCUGAAGCUGCAGACUCCCUGGGGCAAUAAUCUCCGAGGUUAGUCCUGGAUGACCUGGUGUCUUACCCUCCUGCUCUGGAUGUAGACUAGACUGCUGGGUUGUGGUUAUGAGAAUAGUCAGUUCAUGCCUUAAUGCUGAGGUAUUAGAAGAUAAAUACUGACUGUUUGAGCUGGUUUGGGGUAGGCUGAAUUUUGCUAUUGGAAUUCAUUUUCUUUUGGUAAUGAAAUUAAAUUAUUUCAUGGAGUCUUUAUAUUGUUUGUAUAUGAAAUGAGAAUGAUGGUGAAUGAAUGCAGAAUUAAGUGGUGUUUACUAUGUCUAGCUUGAGUUGUGCAGAUGAACUCAGAGGCUCUGGGUGGCUCAUCAUCUCUAUUUUGGGAAAUGUGCACUCUUACCAGAGAUGUUGGCCAUGCAACAAUUUCUGGAGAAUUGAAAGGCUGAUGGACUUUUACAAGGAGUGGAGUCUAAUAUUCUACUGUAUAUACUUCCUAUUCUGGGAUGGACGAAAUGUACUUACCCUAUCAAACCUUGGUAAAUAUCUAUGUUUUGAAAUACUAGUGCUGUAUUAAUUCAGUGAAUUAAGGAGAAGGAUGUGGGUUCUCCUUGUGUGUCAGCUCCAGUUAGAAGGAACAGAAUUGCUACCAGAAUAAAGAUGUUAAUGAAGAAGAGGGUUUUCAGGAUCCAGGUGAAUUGCAUUGCAGAAAGCUUUGAUCAUGAGCACAGUUCCAGGAUCUUCCAAAUCCAAAGGUAAAGGAUGAUAGAAAACCACAAUAAAUAAAAGGAAGCCAGACUAAUGAGGACUCAGACCUUCAGACAUGAAGGUAUGUUCCCUCCACAGAUAGAGAACGCUGACCUGCUGUGGUUCUGGGAGAGAUGAGAAGACACAGAAUUGGAAAUGGAAGAAGGAAGUCACAGCUAUCAGUUCCUGCCUGUGAUCAAUAACAGAAAAAGGACUGUAGUAGCUUUUCAUAUUUUCUCCUUCUUGUCACAUAGAUGUGUUUAUUUGUACUUAUUAUCUAUUUUCUUCCUCUUUUCUUCUUAUCCUUGUGAUUUUCUUCAAGUUGUCAGUGGUUAUAUUUAAAAUAUAUUCUAUGUAAUUGUGGCUGAACUUAAGGAAUAAAUAGCAACACUGUUGGACUCAGUGACUGAGA